CAAGCUCCUUUUUCAUUUCUCCAAACACUCCAGUACUUAGUCGUUCCAACAUCAUUCGAAGUCACUUUCCUGAAAACAAAAGGAAUCCAGCCAUGUUGGAAUCGGAGAAGUACAAGAGAAUGCAGAACAUGAAAUGUUAUGCAUAUAUCAUUGCUGGGGUUGUCUUUCAAACCAUCAUAAUCCUUGUUUUCGCUUUAACGGUUAUGCGUAUCAAGACCCCAAGCGCUAGGCUAAGAUCCGUAACGGUCCAGAGUCUCAACUAUAAUGCUUCAGGAGUCCCUCACUUCAACAUGAGAUUGAUCAUGGAAAUUGCAGUGAAGAACAAGAAUUUUGGUCACUUCAGGUUUGAUAACACUACUGCUAACGUUACCUUUGGAAGCGUUAUGGUCGGUGAUGGUGAGAUCGUAAAGAGCCGUGCCCGUGCUAGGAAGACUAAAAGGAUGAAUGUAACAGUGGAUGUAAGCUCAAGUGCGGUUUCUGAUGAAGAUGGGCUCAGAACCCAGUUGAGCAGUGGGACUUUGACGUUGACUGGAGUUGCCAGGUUGAGAGGGAAGGUGACAUUGAUGAAGCUGAUGAAGAAACGGAAGACCGCAGAGAUGAACUGCACUAUGACUGUGAAUUUGAAUAGCCAUGCUGUUCAGGAUUUGGAUUGCGAGUGAAAUUUCGGAUAGAAUUUCUAUUUUAUGUUUCCUUUUAGUCAUCUUUUUUUCUUUUUAAAUUCAUUUUUUUCUACUUCUGUCUUAGAUACAAUAAUAUGGAUUGAAAUAAAGGAAUGAAUACCAUCCUCUUUUGCU